AUGAUGGCUUCGACAAUACCACCUCAUUUCAAGUUUAAGGUUUGGAACAAUCAUCCACACCCAAACACCCACUUGGAUGUUAUUGCAGUUAGACCCACAAGAACCCGAAGGAGUCCAACUGCCUCAUUCUGUUCUACCCAUCAGCAUCAUCUUCUUCAUCAUCAUAUCUUCAACCACAAAUCAAGUUCUAUCCGUACAGUCCUCACAAGGGUCAGCGGCGAUGGUGGAGGUAUUGUUGAUGCCGCCUCACAACAGUCUGCUUCUGCGGAUGGCAUGUGCUCUUCCCUCCUGGCUUUACAUGGUGAUGCAUCCUCUCACUUACUGUUGCAGGACAGAAAUACAAUAAACAGCAGCUCUCCUAGUCUUGGUGAUGGUUAUGUGGCAUUGUUUGUUCGGAUGCUUGGGCUAGAUAAUGAUCCUCUUGAUAGGGAACAGGCAGUAGUAGCAUUGUGGAAAUAUUCACUUGGAGGAAAGCAGUAUAUUGAUGCCAUAAUGCAAUUCCGAGGCUGCUUAAAUCUCACAGUAAAUCUCCUUAAAUCAGACUCCAGUUCUACUUGUGAAGCAGCUGCAGGCCUUCUACGAGAAAUAGCUUCAAUUAAUCUACACAGAGAGUCAGUAGCAGAAAGUGGGGCAAUAGAAGAGAUAACUGGUUUGUUGAGGCAUUCUUCCUUGACAUCUGAGGUGAAGGAGCAAAGUAUUUGUACUCUAUGGAAUCUGUCUGUAGAUGAAAAGCUCAGAAUGAAAAUUGCUAACACUGAUCUUCUGCCGCUAGUAAUCAGGUCCCUGGAGGAUGAGGAUAUUAAAGUGAAGGAGGCAGCUGGAGGGGUUUUGGCAAAUUUGGCAUUAAGCACAUCUCUUCACAGCAUCAUGGUUGAAGCAGGUGUUAUUCCAAAAUUGGCAAAGCUUUUAAGAAUUGAUGUAGAAGGAUCUAAAGUCAUUAAAAAGGAAGCAAGAAAUGCAUUGUUGGAACUUGCUAAGGAUGAAUAUAAUAGAAUUCUCAUCGUUGAGGAGGGUCUGGUCAUAGUGCCAAUGAUUGGUGCAGCUGCCUACAAGGCCUUGACACCAGGUUUGUACUCAUGGCCUUCUUUACCUGAUGGUACAAAGAUCGAACAGAGUUCCAAAGCUCCCUCAAAGUAUGGCGCCUCUGAAUUACUCCUUGGAUUGAAUAUUGAUGACAAGAAUGCUGAAAUAGAUAAAAGCAAGAUAAAUGCAGUAGUUGGGCGUACACAGCAACAGUUUCUUGCUCGUAUUGGGGCUAUAGAGGUGGAAGAUGAAAGAAAAUCCCAAUCUGUAUCCACAAGUCAGCGGUUUACACUUUUGCCAUGGAUGGAUGGUGUUGCUCGGUUAGUUCUGAUUCUUGGGCUUGAAGAUGAGUUGGCCAUUUCAAGAGCUGCAGAAUCAAUUGCUGAUGCAUCUAUUAAUGAGCAUAUGCGGAUCUCAUUCAAGGAAGCUGGAGCCAUGAAGCAUCUAGUUCGACUUUUAGACCAUAAUAAUGAUUCGGUUAGAUUUGCUGUAACUUGUGCUUUGGAAAGGUUGUCUGUCAGCAACAGCAUCUGCCAGCUAAUCGAAGCUGAAGGUGUUAUAUAUCCUUUACUUAAUGCUCUGAAGCACUCAGGGACAUCUGAAACUUUGAUGGAAAAGACUUUGGAUAUUUUGGCACGGAUUUUAGACCCUGGUAAAGAAAUGAAAUCAAAGUUUUAUGAAGGACCAGUUAAUGGAUCAAAGAAGGGAUUGAAUGCAAUGGGAAGGCCUGAUGCCACUAUUCAAUUUGUUGGAAACAUGGACGAGACAGCUGUAUCAAAAUCAACUACAGGGAAAGAUGUCAUGGACUCUGCCAUCAUUGCUUGCCUUGUUGAAAUUUUAAAGACUCCAUCCCCAAAUUUGCAGAGAAAAGCAUCUUCCAUCCUUGAGUUCCUGACAAUUAUUGAGCCACACUUGGACACAAUCCUUUCAGUAGACAUUGAAUCUGGUUUGGAAGCUGUUUUCCAACAGAAGAUUUUGGACGAUACAGAAUCUGAUAUGGGUGAUCAGCGGCCAGAACUACAUGCCUUGAAAGUCGAAGAAGCCGGUCUCGCUAUAUCUGCUGCAUCACGCUUACUGACAAAAUUACUUGACUUUGUGCAGUUUCGCCAAACAAUAAAUGCUGCACGGUUCACAAAAUUGCUACGUAAAACUCUCAGGUCAAAUAUUCCUCUUCACAACAAAGACUGGGUUGCAGCUUGCCUAGUUAAACUGAGUUCUUUGUCUGGUCCCAACCAAGAUUUUGAUGAUCCAGUCAACCUGGAGGUAACUCUUUAUGAGACUGUCCCAAGACUUGUUGAGCAGAUCAAAACCUCUUUCUCUCCAGAAGCACAAGAAGCUGCUGUUAUAGAACUCAACAGAAUAAUUUCGGAAGGGGUGGUGGAUUCUACUCGUGCAGUUGCUGCUGAGGGAGGAAUAUUCCCAUUAGUGAAGGUGAUUGAAGAAGGGAGUGAGAGGGCUGUUGAAGCUGCCUUAGCUAUACUGUAUAAUAUAAGCAUGGACAGUGAGAACCAUUCGGCAAUUAUAGCUGCUGGAGCAAUCCCAGCAUUGAGGAGAAUUGUUCUUUCACAAGGGCCACAGUGGAUGCGAGCGCUUCAUUUGCUGAGGACUUUGCCUACAUGAUGAAAUGAAGAUGUGAACCCUCGUAGUUACACAAAUAAGAUAUACUUCUGUAAAUUAUCAUCAUUUUUGCUGUACUCUGGUGCUUGUUUUUCCAGUCAGGAUUUGCGUAGCAUAUAUAAAUUUCAGCCCCCUUCAUGGAUUCUACCAUUUACUACCAUGAAAAGGUUGAGGUUUAUUCUUGUAGUGGAAAUGCUGUGACUUUGACAAAUCCAUGUUGCAUGAUCUUCAAUAAGAAGUGCUCCUUUGACAGCCAUUUCAA